UAGAGAACACGAAGACAUCUACUAUUACAGAGGAUAAAACUUACCUUCAGACGACCACUUACAUGACAACAGCCACCGCUACACUGACAGACACUGCGACAAAAACUCAGACUGUGUAUGAAACUGCUCUUUCCUCGUGCCUCUGGAAGUGCGAACUUUACUGGGGAAUGGCAACUGGCAACAGUGAUGGUUGGAAUACGUAUGCUACACCGACCGCGACUGCGUGGGACCACAGUUCAAGUUCCACUUACUGGAAUAAACCCAGCUCUGAAUCCAAUAUUUACGCUUCUUCAAGCUCGGCAAAGCCAUAUGGCUGGAGUUCGUCUGGUAGUUCUAGCGGUAGAUAUUAGUUUGUGUAUUUGCAACGACUUGAUUAGCUGUUUAUAAAGGGACUAUUUUCUUCUUCUUCAUCUAAAUUGUAGAUUGUUAGAUUGUGAUACAUAGGUAAACUGCAU